AUGAACGACAACAGCAAUGUCAGCGAGGACGAAAGAAGCGAAGAACUCUCAUCUGUCGCCUCCAUCUUUCCCGAGCUUGUUGCGGAUCCCAAUGAUCCCUACACUGCGACUCUUGAUUUGCCUGUAACUCCAAUCGAACCUCUUCGCAUCCUCUUUCGACCGGCCACAGAUGGUGCACCAUUGACUCCUCCUACUUCGGCUGAACAAGAGCAGGAUAACUUGAAUGAGAGACCUCGAGUCCAACAACUUGUCCAGCUUGACUCCCACAAUCUGUGUCAUUUGCCUCCUGUCACUCUACGAAUCACCCUUCCAGAGGGCUAUCCAACUACCAAAUCCCCAAAUGUCUCGCUCUCUGUUUCUCCACCCUGGCUCCCAGAGUCUACUCUGAAAAGAUUGAGUGAGGAUGUUUCGAGGUUGUGGGAAGAGGUAGGUAAAGAUCUCGUUUUGUACACAUACAUUGUCCAUCUACAGGAAGAGGCGGAAAGUGCGUUUAGAUUGGCGGGUCCCAACUUGUCGUUAUCAAGUACCUUAAGAUUGGAACUCUUGGAUUUUGACCUCAAGACCAAACAACUGCAUUUCGAGCGAGAGACAUUUGAUUGUGGCAUCUGCUUGGAACCCAAGAAAGGUGUCAAUUGUCACAAACUUACCUUGUGUGGCCAUGUUUUCUGCAUCGCCUGCCUGCAGGACUUUUUCAAGAGUUGCAUCACCGAGGGUGAUGUCGACAGUAUCAAAUGCUUGUCUCCUGAUUGUGGGAAGAAUGCAUUACCUGCAGCAGAAGGCGACACCCGACCUUCAAAGAGACGAAAGCAAGAUCGGACCCUGAACCCCAGUGAACUUCUUCAAAUUCCAAUUGACCAAGAGCUUAUUCAACGAUAUGUACGACUCAAACGUAAGAAGCGGUUGGAGGCUGACAAAAACACAAUCUAUUGUCCUCGGCAGUGGUGUCAGGGCGCUGCUCGAACCAAGAGACACCCUAAACCUGUCGAUCCAAUGAGUGAUUCAGUAUUGGAUUCAGACUCUGACUCAGAGGAUGAGCCACCGAUUCCCGAUAAUCUCGAAACCCUCCCCAAGUCUCAACGCUUGUGUGUCUGCGAGGAUUGUGACUUUGCUUUUUGCUGUGUCUGUCGAAAAGGAUGGCAUGGCGAAUUCGGACAAUGUAACCCUCGCAGCCUUGCAGAGCUUAGUCAAGAAGAAGCUGCCUCUGCUUCGUAUAUUCAGAAAUACUCAACACCCUGUCCCACUUGCAAUGUCCGCGCACAAAAGACAUUGGGUUGUAACCACAUGAUUUGUGGCAAUUGUAAGACGCAUUUCUGCUAUCUUUGCUCCAGCUAUCUCUUGGCCGACAACCCUUAUCGACAUUUCAAUGACGUUAAUAGCCCAUGUUACCAGAGGCUUUGGGUUCUGGAGGCCGGUGAUGGAGAGGACGUUGAUGUUGAAGCACACUUCCGGAUCAAUUGGGAAGCCGCUAUACAAGCACAAGAAGAUCAGGAGCAACCUGGUGCCGAAAAUGGUGUUCCAGCAGAAGGAGUAGAAGAUAUCGAGUUUGAACUUGCACAGUUCGUCCGAGACGAUGAUACAUCUGAUGAAGAGCCGGCACCAGAUAUCCGACGAAAUCGUGAGAGACAUAUCGAAAUUGUCAAUUUUGGAGGUCGUGGAGGUCACAAUGCACAGAGAUUUCUAUUACCUGAACGGGCACAUGCUCUGCCUGUACCUGCGCCACCAGCGGCACCCAAUCCACCACGUCGACCCCGUGGACGUCGUGGUGGUGGUCAGCAGGGCAAUCGGCAACGCGCCAUGCGCAAUGAACCAGCCCGAGCCAAUAGACAAGUGCCGAAUCAAGAAGCACGACUUGCAGCAGUCCAACCGGUUCAACCACCAGUCCAAGCACCGGUACUCGCUCCUGCCCAAGAUGCAAAUCACAAUGUUGUCAAUGCUGAGGGUCAGCCUUUGCCCGGUGGGUUACCUCUAGCUGCUCCAGGACAAGGCAACAAUCCAGGUUUUGCGCAGGGGCUCGAAAGAUUUCUCCAGCUCGCGCUUGACGAUCAGGAAGAUGAGUGGGACAGUGAUGAACUCGAAGACGAUAAUGACGGCUUUGGUGAUGAACACUUCCCUGAUCCAGAAGUGAGGAGACGGCGGAUUCAAUGGAACUGA